AUGCCACGCUACGGAACAAUCAUUGUCAUUAAAAGGAACGGGACUGAUGGAAUUGUUUUUCCACUCACCUCGACUUCUUGUUUAUUUGGAAGGAAAACAGAAUGCGACAUCCGCAUGCGGCUGCCCUGGGUGUCCAACGAGCACUGCAAAAUCGAGAUCAAUGAGAACAAGGAGGCAGUCCUGACCAAUUUAAGCUCAGUGAACCCCACGCAGCUGAACGGGGCUUGCUUUGAGCAGCCUGUUCCCCUGAAGCACGGAGAUGUGUUAACCAUUAUCGAUCGUUCUUUCAGGUCAGCUGGAUAUGUCCCUAAAGUGGUGAAAAAUCCCAAGCUGAAGCUCAACAUGGAUAUGGAUGAAAGUUUCACAGGGAUGCCUGAAAUGUUCCAAACUCCAGAACACCAGGGAGGAAGAACAUUUCCUCUGACUGCUGCUCAGAAUGCUGAUGUUACACCACCGUGGGCUGCAGGGGACAUUUCUGACUUGCACACUCCUGAGGAAUCUGGAGAGAUGAUGGUGUCACCAUUAAAUAAUUCAGAUGCUUCAGAGCAGAAGCAAGACAGUCCGGGCAUAUUCCACCUUCUGAGAGAGGAGUCAUCUCCAUCUAUGUUUGAUGAAAUAGCCACAAAAACUCCUGAAAAAAGAAAAGCUGUGCGCAAGGAUACUGUGGAUAGUUUAGCAGUAAUUUCAGAAAAACCAGCAUCUCUGGUGAAAUCAGGAAGUAAAAGGAGGACUCCAAAGCAGAAGCUGGAGCCAGCUGAGGUCAUGUCAAGCAAAAGGAAGAUUUUAAGGACCCCUGAGAAAAGGUCAGAACCAGAAGAGGUUUUGUCAGGUAUCAAGAGGCUCAUGAAGACCCCAAGGCAGAAGCCUGAGCCUACCGAGGUUUUGUCAGGCAUCAAACAGCUCAUGAAGACCCCAAAGCAGCAACUGGAGCCUGUAGAGGUUCUGUCAGGCAUUAAAGAGCUCUUGAAGACCCCAAAUCAGAAACUGGAGCCUGUAGAGGUUUUGUCAGGUAUCAAACAGCUCAUGAAGACCCCAAAUCAGAAACGGGAGCCUGUAGAGGUUCUGUCAGGCAUCAAACAACUCAUGAAGACCCCAAAUCAGAAACUGGAGCCUGUAGAGGUUUUGUCAGGUAUCAAACAGCUCAUGAAGACCCCAAAGCAGAAACUGGAGCCUGUAGAGGUUCUGUCAGGCAUCAAAGAGCUCUUGAAGACCCCAAAUCAGAAACUGGAGCCUGUAGAGGUUUUGUCAGGUAUCAAACAUCUCGUGAAGACCCCAAAUCAGAAACGGGAGCCUGUAGAGGCUUUGUCAGGCAUCAAGCAUCUCCUGAGGACCCCAAAGCAGAAACUGGAGCCUGUGGAGGCUUUGUCAGGCAUCAGACAGCUCAUGAGGACCCCACGGUGGAAGCCAGAGCCAGUGGAGGACCUGUCAGGCAUUAAGCAGCUUCUGAGGACUCCACAGCAAGAGCUGGAACCACUCACAGACGAAGUUGCCUUGAAAAGGUUGCUGGAGACUGCAGUAGAGAGCAGGGAAGCAGUAAAAGCUGUGCCAGGUGUGACUUCAACCAAGAAAACCCCAAAGCUGAAAUCCCAGCCCGUGGAAGACAUGGUUGGGAUCAGCCGCAUUUUCCAGACGCCAAAGGGAAAGGUUGAGCCUGUGGAAAACAUGUUUGGAAUUAGCAGAUUGAUGAAAUCUCCUAAAGAGAAAUAUCAACCAGUUGAGGAUUUUGUGGGGCUGCAAAGGCUCAUGGCAGAACCCAGGCAGAAAUCUUCUGAUUCUGAAGUGGACUAUGCUGGAGUGACUGAAAUGUUUGGUACCCCAGAGGAAAUGAAGGUCAGAUCAGUAAAUGUCAUGGAUUCUCAGGGAAAAAUUGCACCUCCUGGUUCUAAUUCCAGUCAUAAACAUGGUAAGAACAAGGAAAAACCCAACCUGCCCAGAGGCAGAGGUCAGAAGAGGAUUCUUAAAGAAAGUGAAGAUGUAUCUCCAGAAAAUAAUCCAUGCCAGGGGAGAACAAGGCAGUUGAGAAACAACAGGAGGAAGGUGGAGGUGUCAGAGGCAGCUACUUCUACUCCCCAUAAAAGCAGUGACUUGCCAGGAAAUGGCAGCACUCUGGGAACUCAGGAUUUGAGUGGAGCAUCCACUGGUUCUGAAGAGAAUCAGUCUGGAAAAGGCCAGGAGGGUGACCCUGCUCCACAGACAGCCCCCUCCUCUCGCAGAAGGAAGUGCCAGCUGCCAGCAGAGGGCGAGGCACCCAAAAGAUUCAAAUCAGGGAAUGAUGAAAAUGGGUCUGUCCAAAGAGGAAGAAGAAACAAAACUAAACUUGGAGAAGAGGAUGCAAGGGCAGCUCAGACCACUGGAGGGAUGGAGAGGAGGACAAGAUCCAGCACAAGAACAAGGAAAUAGCCUUAAGAGUCCCAGAACCAGUUUUUAAAUCAAUUCAGUAAUUCCAAUUACAGGUUUUUUUUAAUGUGAAUUGAUUUGCACUCUGAUUUUAAGCUAAGAUUCUUGCUAAUUACAUGGUUACUUUACAAGAUACAUUUCUUAAUGUAGAUAAGAUAAGAAGUAGAUAUUUCUUCAGCAGCUUUGCCAACGUGUGGUGGUUCCUAAGCCAUGGGGUGCUUGUGCAAAGCUGCAAACAUAAAUUACAUUUUGUUUUACCAGUGUUUCUCCCUUUUUCCUGUUGAUCAGUACAACAAUCAGGAAGCCAUAUUACUGCCAGCUAAAGCUAUUUUCUGCUGAAAUUUUCCUACGCUUAAGUUUUAUUUUUCGUUGGAGUUCUGUAAAUAUUCUC